CAAUCGCGUCGCCUUUUCUGCCCUACGAAAGAACUGGUUCCUGCCACGGAAGUUUCCUCUCUCCCCCCCCCUUCCCGUCGGAGGCGUUGGUUCUGCCCGCUCUCCUCUCUAGUCCCGGGUGAGGGAGAGGGAGACCCGGCGGCGUCCUAGCGGCGCCUCUUUCCUGCUGACCCAGGCGGGCGCGCGGGUACCAUGGCCGCCCUGUUCCCAGCCUCUGGCGGGGGGCUGCACGACUGCUUGCUCCAGCUGCACAGCGCCCUGCGGAGCCCGGACCCUGGGAACGCUGCGCUUCACGGCCACAUCUUCAUCCGCUCCUUGGCGGAGACCUGCGUGACCAGCAGCGGCGAUAGCGUCCUGGCUUUGCAGAUUUCACUGGUGUUUUCCAAAGAAGAUGGACUACUUGCAUUUAUCCAUAAAUCACUGAAUAGUGAAGAAUUUCGAGAAUGCAGAGAAGAAGCAUUAAAAUUUCUUGUUGCCUUUUUGGAAAAGAUUGGCCAAAAAGUUCACCCUUAUGCACAAGAUGUAAAGCGAAUGUGUCUUAGCGUUUAUACAAAAGACAAACUGGCAAAGUGCAGAAUCCCAGCACUAGAUCUACUGAUUAAGCUGCUUCACAGCUUACGGUCAUCUUAUGUGAUGGAAGACAUGAAAGUCAGAGAAAUCUUUACCAAAUUCUAUAGUGAACUUGCUAUAAAAAGUAAAGUGUCUGAUACAGUGUUGGAAAGGAUUUAUGAACUCCUGGGAGUUUUGGGAGAAGUCCAACCUUGUGAUAUGCUUGACAACUCUGAGAAACUAUAUCGAGCUUAUUUGGGAGAACUCAGAACACAGAUGACUUCUGCAACAAGAGAGCCUAAGUUUCCAGUAGUAGCUGGGUGUCUGAAAGGACUGACGGCGCUCAUGAAUAACUUUACUAAGUCCAUGGAUGAAGAUCCUCAAACAUCUAAAGAAAUCUUUGAUUUUGCAAUGAAGGCAAUAAGUCCACAGAUUGACUUAAAGCGAUACGCAGUUCCUCUUGCUGGACUGCGUUUGUUUAGUAUCCAUGCUGCUCAAUUCAGCACAUGCCUUCUUGACAACUAUAUCGCACUAUAUGAAGUAAUGUCCAAAUGGUGUGGCCAUCUGAAUAUAGAACUGAAGAAAGCUGGCCAUUCAGCUUUGGAUGCAUUUUUUAAACAGAUCUCCGCAAUGGUUGCGAAGGAUGCAGAAAUGCAUAAAAGCAAGCUGCGCUACUUCAUGGAACAGUUUUAUGGUAUCAUCAGGAAGAUGGAUGCCAGCAACAAGGAAUUGUCCAUUGCUAUUCGUGGAUAUGGGCUUUUUGCAGCGCCAUGCAAAGCUAUCAAUUCCAAGGACGUUGACUUCAUGUAUGUUGAACUCCUUCAGCGCUGUAAGCAAAUGUAUCUCACCGAGGCAGAAACGGUAGAUGACAACGUGUAUCAGCUGCCAAGUUUCCUUCAAUCUAUUGCUAGUGUCAUACUGCACUUAGAUAGUAUUCCUGAAGUAUAUACUCCAGUUCUGGAACGUCUGAUUGUGGUGCAAAUAGAUAGCUUCCCACAAUACAGUGUGAAAAUGCAGUUUCAGUGUUGUAAAUCCAUUAUAAAGGUUUUUUUAGCCCUGGCAGGAAAAGGCCCUGUAUUGUGGAGUUUUAUGAGCACUGUGGUGCAUCAAGGUUUAAUCAGAGUCUGUUCCAAGCCAGUUGUCUUCUCAACGGAAUAUUCUGGAAAAAACGUUUCUAGUUCAGAAGAGCCUCCUACAUCUGGAGAAGUUCGAGCUGGGAAAUGGAAGGUGCCUACAUACAAGGAUUACUUGGAUCUUUUUAGAAGUUUACUGAGCUGUGACACAAUGAAGGACUCUCUGUUCACAGAUGAAACGUUUCUAAUUGCAAAUUCACCUCUACAGUCUCUAAAUCGGUUGUUAUAUGAUGAACUCAUAAAGUCUAUCCUAAAAGUAAUUGAAAAGUUGGAUCUUACAGUUCAGAAACAGAUUAGGGAAGAGAAGGAUGGAAGUGUAGCUGAUGUUGAUCUCACUAUUCCUACUUCCGAUCCAGCUGCAAACCUUCAGCCAAACAAGCCUAAAGACUUUACAGCCUUCAUUAACCUAGUGGAGUUUUGCAGAGACAUCCUCCCAGAGAAGCACGUUGAGUACUUUGUGCCUUGGGUUUAUUCAUUUGCUUAUGAGCUAAUUAUACAGUCAACGCGGUUACCCUUUAUUAGUGGAUUUUACAAAAUGCUGUCUAUUGCCAUGAAAAUUGCUAAAAAAACAAAAUACUUUCAGAGUGUCGGUCCAAAGAGUGAAAAGAAAUGUCAUGAAGAUCCGGAGAAGAGCUCCUGCUUUGCUUUAUUUGCAAAAUUUGGAAAAGAGGUAACAGCAAAAAUGAAGCAGUACAAAGAUGAACUAUUGGCAUCCUGUCUUAUUUUUGUGCUUUCCUUGCCGCAUGACAUCAUCAUGCUGGAUAUUAAAGCAUACAUUCCUGCUUUGCAGAAUGCUUUUAAACAGGGCCUUAGUUAUACCCCAAUGGCUGAUGCAGCACUGGAUGCCCUGGAAGAUUGGUCAGCCCAUAUUCCCAGAUAUAUAAUACAGCCUUACUACAAGGACAUCUUGCCUUGCCUUGAUGGCUAUUUGAAAAUUUCUACAUUGACAGAUGAAUCUCAGAGUAAUUGGGAGGUGAAGAAACUUUCUCGGGCAGUUCAGAAGGGAUUGAACAAAGUAGUCAUCCAGCAUCUGAAGAAAGCAAAGAGUCUUGCAUUGGAGGAGGAUCUUUCAUUGGAAGCAGUACGGGCUAGAGUUGUACGCCUUCUUGGAUUUCUGGGGGGACAGAUUAAUCGGAAUUUAGUUACGGCUGCUUCUACAGAGGAAAAUAUGAAGAAAUGUGUAUCUUGGGACACAGAGAAACGCCUGAGCUUUGCAGUUCCAUUUGCUGAUAUGAAGCCUGUUAUCUACUUGGAUUUAUUCUUGCCCCGUGUCACUGAAUUGGCUCUUUCUGCUAGUGACAGGCAGACAAAGGUUGCAGCUUGUGAGCUCUUACACAGCAUAGUUGUAUAUAUGCUGGGGAAAGCUGCUCAAAUACCCGAAGGACAACAGGCUUCUCCACCAAUGUUUCACCUGUAUAAACAUACAUUUCCCGUAUUGCUUCGACUUGCCUGUGAUGUGGACCAGGUUACAAGACAACUCUACGGGACACUAGUUAUGGAGUUAAUUCACUGGUUCACAAACAACAAAAAGUUUGAAAGUCAAGAUACUGUGGCAUUACUGGAAGCAAUUUUGGAAGGGAUAGUAGACCCCGUGGACAGUGCUCUGAGAGACUUCUGUGGUCAGUGUGUCCGAGAAUUUUUGAAAUGGUCCAUUAAGCAGAGUACGCCGCAGCAGCAGGAGAGAAGUCCAGUAAAUACCAAGUCGCUCUUCAAGAGACUAUACAGUCUUGCUCUCCAUCCCAAUGCUUUCAAGCGGUUGGGAAGUUCUCUUGCUUUUAACAACAUCUACAGAGAAUUUAGGGAAGAAAGUGCUUUGGUGGACCAGUUCGUUUUUGAAGCAUUGGUUGUGUACCUGGAAAGUCUGGCCUUAACACAUGGAGAUGAGAAAUCUUUAGGCACAACCCAGCAAUGUUGUGAUGCUGUUGAUCACCUGAAGCGUAUAAUUAAGCAUAAAGCAUCAAGCCUCAACAAAGAAAAUCAACGGCGGAUACCUAGGGGAUUUCCACAGACAUCCAUAUGCUUGGAGGAUGUUGUCAUGUGGCUUUUGAUGCAGUGUGGACGACCCCAAACAGAAUGCCGGCAUAAAGUUAUGGAGCUUUUCUUCGAAUUAGUUCCGUUGCUGCCAGAUAACAAGUCCCCAUCUUCUUGGUUGGGUGAUGUCCUUCAGAAACAAGGAAUCUCUUUCCUCAUUAAAAAAUUUGAAGGAGGUGGUUGUGAGGGUGAAAAGAUAUCCGGAAUACUGGCCCACCCGACUCUUCAUGAUUUGCAAGAGACCUUUAGUUUGCGCGCUGUUGUGCAAUGGAUGGAUAUGCUUCUGGCUUCUUUGGACUGUUACAAUACUUUUAUCGAGCAGGGAAUGAUCAAACCAAAUGAGAUGCUGGCUACAAAUAUAGGGUCUUCAUUCCUGACAUCGUUGGGCUUCUUCCUGGAAAAAAUGGCCUUGCAUGAUGUGUCUGGCGCAGAACAGUGUUUUAGCACUGGGUCCAAAGGCAACAUGUUCAGUCCACAAGAAAGAGAAGAGUACAAUUACAGCAAAUGUACCAUUGUAGUUCGAAUUAUGAUUUUUGUAAGCAUGGUUUUGGAGACCCACCAGCAGGAAUUCUGGAAGCUGCUUGAGAGACAGUUGCUUAAUGAGAAUCUGAUAGAGCUCGUUGUGAGGACCGUCUGUGACCCCAGAAGCAUAGGGUUUAAUAUAGCUGAUGUACAAGUUAUGGAAAAGCUUCCGGAUGUUUGCGUCAGGCUUAUAAAAGCUUUGAUGAGAUCUCCUUACAGAGAACCUUUGGAGAUCAGCAUAAAGAAAAUAAUAACAUCAAAAAGCAUUGAGGAACUUUGCAGUGUUGAGCUGUACAAUCCAGACGCACGGUUGGAUCACGUUAGGAUUGGUUCCAUCCUGUCUGCAUGCAAACAGCUUCAUAACGCCGGCCUUCUUCAUUGUACCUUGCAGCAUGAGGUUUCAGCUCUGCAUUGCGAGACUGGCUCUAAACUCAUGUUAGUUGUAUACAAAGGUAUUGCACCAGGAGACGAAAGGCAGUCCCUACCCUUGUUGGACAUCAACAGUAAACGAUUAGCUGAGAGUCUGCUGCAUCUGGCUUUUGCUUUCGGUGUACAGUGCAUAGAGCUGGUGAGUCUCCUGCUGAACACAUUAAUGUUAUCUGUGCCAUUAUCUGGAACAUCUCAAAGAAACCUUAUCAGUUUUUCUCAUGGAGAGUAUUUCUACAGCUUGUUUGGGGAAACCAUUAAUGAAGAGUUGCUGGAAAAUAUGGAUAUAGCAGUACUUCAGCUUAUGAAAUCAGCUCAAGACAGCCCCAAAAUGGUUGGUACUGUUUUGAAUGGUAUGUUGGACCAGAGCUUUAGAGACCGUGCUGUUCGCAAGCAACAAGGAGUGAAACUGGUGGUGGCUAUCUUGAAAAACUGGAGGCAGCUUGACCACUGGUGGACCAAAGAUUCUGCUCCUGAAAGCAAAAUGGCUGUCCUAACCCUGCUAGCUAAAGUUCUGCAGAUUGACUCUUCUGUGUCAUUCAAUACACACCAUGAGGCAUUUUCUAUAGUUUUUAAUACAUAUACAAGUCUACUUACUGACCAGAUGUUGGGUCUAAAUCUCAAGAGUCAAGCUGUUAUUAUUCUUCCAUUCUUUACUAAUCUCGUUGGAGAAAGGCUUGAUGACCUUAAGAAUGCACUUGACCAACUUGUAGUCUUUAAUUUCCCUUUGAGAUCGGAUGAGUUUCCUAAAGGAACCUUGAGAUACAAUAACUAUGUGGAUUGCACGAAAAAAUUCCUAGAUGCACUUGAAUUAUCCCAGAGUCCCAUGUUGUUGCAGCUGAUGACAGAAAUUCUUUGCAGGGACCAGAGACAUAUAAUGGAAGAAUUAUUUGAACUCAGCUUCAAAAGAAUUGCCAGAAGGGGCAGCUGGGACAAACAAGUAACGUUGCUGGACACCAUUCACAAAAUGUUCCAGAGUGAAGCCCUUCUCUCAAAUGCAACUCGACAAGCCUAUGUGGAUCGCUCUCUUCUCAUCCUGUUGCUUCACUGCAGCUUGGAUGCCCUGAAAGUUUUUUUAAGUAAGAUUAUUGUGGAGGCUAUGGAGACGCUGAAAUCUAGAUUUACCAAGUCAAAUGAAAAUGCUUUUGAAACACAACUCAGCAAGAAAAUGAGCUAUUACAAAAUUCUGAAAGUGAUGUAUUCACGUCUUUCUAAAGAAGAAGUAUAUUCUAAAGACUCUAGAAUUAACCAGGCUUUCAAGGGCUCCACAUGUGCAGAAGGAAAUGAACUUACGAAGGUGCUAAUAAAGUCCUGCCAUGAUGCCUUUACAGAAAACAUGUCUGGUGAAACUCAGCUAUUGGAAAAGAGGAGACAGUAUCAUUGUGCUGCAUAUAAUUGUGCCAUUGCUGUUAUUAGCUGUGUGUUCAGCGAAAGUAAAUUUUACCAAGGCUUUCUUUUCACAGAAAAACCAGAAAAGAAUCUCUUUAUUCUUGAAAACUUGCUGGAUUUACAGCACCAUUAUUCAUUUCCUAUAGAGAUUGAGGUUCCACUAGAAAGAAAGAAACAAUACAUUGCCAUUAGGAAAGAAGCAAGGGAAGCAAUGAGUGAGGAUUCAGUCGAGCCACACUAUUUAGCUUCUGCAUCGUAUAUGGCAGAUAGCAGUCUGAGUGAAGAGAUGAGCCAAUUUGAUUUCUCAACUGGAGUACAGAGUUUUUCAUAUAAUUCCCAAGACCGUAUUGCCUCCGGUUCUCGCUUCAGGAGAAAGGAGCCCACAGAACCUAUAGUUUCAGAUGAUUUUAUGGAACUGGAGAUGGAUGAGCUGAACCAGCAUGAAUGUAUGGCCUCUAUGACAACCCUGAUCAAACACAUGCACAGAAAUAAAAUCACACCCACAGUAGAAAAGGGUACAGAUUCACCAGAUCUUCCUCCAUGGAUGAAGUUUCUACACAGCAAACUAGGAAAUCCAUCUGUACCAUUGAAUAUUCGCCUUUUUGUGGCAAAACUCAUCGUGAAUACAGAAGAAGUUUUCCAACCUUACACAAAGCACUGGCUGGGCCCCUUACUGCAGCUGGUUGUCUCUGGAGAUAACGGAGGAGAAGGGAUUCAUUACAUGGUGGUGGAGAUAGUGGUCACCCUACUUUCCUGGACUAGUGUUGCUACACCCAAAGGAAAUAUCAAGGAUGAAAUCCUAGCUAACCGCUUGCUUGAGUUCUUGAUGAAGAACGUAUUUCACCAGAAAAAAGCAGUGUUCAGACAUAACUUAGAAAUUGUCAAGACAGUAGUAGAGUGCUGGAAAGAUUGUCUCAGCAUACCUUACAGGAUAAUAUAUGAACGGUUUUCUGGUAGAGAUGCCAACACAAAAGACAACUCCGUGGGAAUUCAGUUACUAGGAAUUGUUCUUGCUAAUAACCUGCCUCCCUAUGAUCCAAACUGUGAAAUAGGCAGUGUGAAAUACUACCAAGCUUUGACUAACAACAUGGCCUUAGUAAAAUACAAGGAAGUGUAUGCAGCUGCCGCCGAAGUGCUGGGACUCAUUCUUCACUAUAUUUCUGAGAAGGAAAAGGUAUUUGAAGGUCCAGUUUAUGACUUGGUCAUACAGCAGCUAAAGCAGCAUCAGAAUACCAAAGAGGACAAAUUUAUUGUGUGUCUGAAUAAAGUGACAAAGAACUUCCCUUCUCUUGCUGAGAGGUUUAUGAAUACAGUCUUCUUCCUGAUACCAAAACUUCAUGGGGUGAUGAAAACUUACUGCCUGGAGGUAGUAAUGUGUCGUGCCCAAGAAAUAGCGGAUCUGUAUUUACAGUUGAAGAGUAAGGAUUUUACACAAGUCAUGAGUCACAGAGACGACGAAAGGCAAACCAUAUGUAUGGAUAUAGUCUACAAGAUGCUACCUAACCUGAAACCAGCUGAGGUACGAGAGCUGCUUCCUGCAGUAACCGGCUUCAUCUCUCACCCGUCACCAGUAUGUCGGGGGAGAAUGUAUGACAUUCUCAUGUGGCUAUAUGAUAACUACAGGGAUCCUGAAAGCCAAGCAGAUGAGGACUCUUCAGAAGUGUUUAAACUAGCAAAAGAAGUUCUGUUACAAGGACUGGUUGAUGAAAAUUCUGGACUGCAAAUAAUUGUCAGGAACUUUUGGAGUGAUGAAACUAGGCUACCAGCCAAUACCCUUGAUCGAAUGUUGACUUUGUUAAGCUCUUUAUACUCUGUUAAAAUUGAAACUCAGUAUUUGAGCUUGGCUACGAAUUUUCUGCUUGAGAUGACCAGCAAGAGCCCAGAUUACUCCAGAAAAAUGUUUGAGUAUCCGCUUUCGGAAUGCAAAUUCCAGGAUUUUGCUAUUGACUCAAGUUGGCAGUACCGAAGUACUGUUCUUACACCUUUGUUUGUGGAGUCUCAAGCUUCCCAGAAUGCCAACAGGUAUCGCUCACAGGAAGGAUCUCUGGGUGGCCAGAUAAGGGCUACACAGCAACAGUAUGAAUUUACUCCCACACAAAAUGCCAGUGGGAGAAGCUCUUUCAACUGGCUGAUAGGAAACAGCGUUGACACUUUUUCAGAAUACAGAUUUCCUUCAUCUUCUGAAUCCCUGUCAUCUUCGAUGUUGUUCAUUAACAAACGAGCUGACAAAUCACACAGAACCGCCUUCAAACCUAUAGGUCCUAAUUUUGGAGAGAAAAGACUGGGUUUGCCCGGUGAUGAGGUGGAUAGCAAAGCUCAAGGUAUAGAUGAACGGGCAGAGAUUCUGAGACUGAGGCGACGGUUCUUAAAAGACAAAGAAAAGCUUAGUUUGAUUUAUGCAAGGAAGGGCGUUGUUGAACAGAAAAAAGAAAAGGAAAUUAAAACCCAGCUAAAGAUGAAACAUGAUGCUCAGGUCACUCUGUACAGGAAGUACAGGCAAGGCGACCUUCCUGACAUCCAGAUUGAAUACAGCAGUCUUAUUACCCCUCUGCAGGGCGUAGCUCAGAGAGACCCUAUACUGGCUAAGCAGCUUUUCAGCAGUUUGUUUAGUGGAAUUCUGGAAGAAAUGAAGAAAAUGAAAACUCUGCCUGAGAAGAACAAUGUUGUCCAGCAGUUGCUUGAGGAUUUCAACCACUUCCUGACAACAUCUGUGCUGUAUUUCCCACCAUUCAUAGCUUGCAUCCAGGAAAUGAGCUACCAACACAGAGAGCUGCUGGACCUCAGCCCUUCAAGUGUGAGCACUAGCUGCUUAGCAAGUUUGCAGCAGCCAGUGGGUAUCCUGCUUCUUGAACAAUCAUUAAUUCACCUUUCCCCGGAGGAGGAGGAGGAGGAGCCACCCUCCAAGAGGAUGCGUGGAAAGACAGAACUUUCACCCAAUGUGAUCAAAUGGAUUGAACUUGCCAAGCUUUAUCGAUCAGUUGGAGAUUAUGAUGUUCUGCGGGCUAUUUUUAGUGGAAAGAUUGACACUAAGGAAAUUACUCAGAAAGCUCUAUUAGCAGAAGCAAAAAACGAUUAUGCUGAAGCAGCGAAGCAAUACGAUAAGGCACUCUCUAUGCAAGACUGGCCUGAUGAAGAACCAACAGAAGCGGAAAAAGAUUUUUGGGAGCUUGCAUCUCUUGAAUGUUACAACCGCUUGACAGAAUGGAAGUCUCUGGAAUACUGUUCGACUGUAAACAUUGAUAAUGGACAGCCCUCAGACCUAAAUAAAACAUGGAGUGAUCCAUUUUAUCAGGAAACCUAUCUGCCAUACAUAAUUCGCAGCAAACUGAAGCUUCUCCUUCAUGGUGCUAAUGACCAGUCUUUACUGACAUUCAUUGAUGAAGCUAUGAAGACUGAACAGAAGAAAGCUCUAAUAGAAAUGUAUUAUAGCCAAGAGUUGAGUCUUCUCUACAUUCUACAGGAUGAUUUUGACAGAGCAAAAUAUUAUGUCAAUAAUGCUAUGCAGGUUUUCAUGCAGAACUAUUCCAAUAUCGAUUCACUGUUGCACCAGAGUCGACUUACCAAGCUGCAGUCCGUUCAGGCUUUAACAGAAAUACAGGAUUUUGUCAACUUUAUAAGCAAGCCAGGUAAUAUAGGUUCUCAGGCAUCACUUAAGAGACUUCUUAGUAUUUGGACAAACAGAUAUCCAGAUACCAAAAUGGAUCCUAUGAACAUUUGGGAUGAUAUCAUUACAAAUCGAUGUUUCUUUCUUGACAAAAUUGAGGAGAGACUUCCUAAAACGAGUCUGGAAGACAGUAUAGAAGUGGAUGGAGGGGGAGAUGCUAGUUUCAAAAUGGAAGUGGACCAUAAAGAUGAAGAUAUACACUCACUGAUUAGAAACUGCAAAUUUACCAUGAAAAUGAAAAUGAUAGAGAGUGCCAGGAAACAGAACAGCUUCUCAGUAGCCAUGAAACUUCUGAAGGACCUGCAUGCAGAUUCUAAGACAAGAGAAGACUGGCUUGUGAGAUGGAACCACAGCUAUUGCCGCUUCAGCCACAGUCGCAGCCAAAGCCAGAGUAGUCCUGAACAAAUACUUACAGUACUCAAAACCACCUCCCUUCUAGAUGAGGAUAAAUUGGGCAGCUUGAGCAGCAGUGCCUUAACCUUCCGCAACCAAAACCACCUCCUGGGUACCACUUUCCACAUCAUGGCCAGUGCCCUUUGCAAGGAUCCAGGGUGUCUUGACCAAAUCGAGGAAGAGAAAGCUAAAAAGGUCUUAGUGCUUUCAGGAGAAAAGCCUGAUAAUAUUGAAAAGGUUAUAGCAGGUUUGAAUAAGAGGGCGUUCCAAUGCUUCAGCAAGGCUGCAAGGAAAGCUGAAGAAGAGGUACAGUCCAUCUCAUCUGAACACAUAGAUACAAAGGGUGUCAUAGAUGCUUAUAUGACAUUGGCUAAUUUCUGUGACAGUCAUCUCCGGAAGGAAGAAGAAAGCUCAGCAGAUAUAAAUGCUGUGGAUUUGCAGGCAUUUCCAGCCAUUGUGGUGGAGAAAGUCAUAAAAGCUCUAAAACUGAAUUCUGAAGAAGCCAGGUUGAAAUUUCCCAGGCUGUUGCAAAUUGUAGAAAAGUACCCAACAGAGACUUUGGGCCUCAUGGCACAAGAGAUUUCCUCAGUACCCUGUUGGCAGUUCAUUGGCUGGAUCAGCCAGUUGAUGGCGAUGCUUGACAAGGAGGAAGCAAUUGCCGUACAACAUGCAGUGGAAGAAAUUGCCAACAACUACCCACAGGCCUUAGUGUAUCCUUUCAUGAUCAGCAGUGAGAGCUUCUCUUUCCAGGAAACUGUCGUGGGCCAUAGGAAUAAGGAGUUUGUAGUAAGGUUGAAGAACAAAUUGGACAGAGGAGGAGUGGUGCAAGGUUUUGUCCAUGCCCUGGAGCAGCUGUCCAACCCUGCAAUGCUCUUCAAGGAUUGGACUGAAGAUGUUAGAAAUGAGCUGGGGAAAACUAAGAAGAGUAAAAAUAACAUCCAGGAGUUGUAUGAUGGAAUGUUCCAGAAUCUGGGAAAUUUACAGGCUCCAGGUCUCGGGUUGUACAGAAAGAAGUUCAUUCAGAAAUUUGGGAAGGAAUUUGACAAACACUUUGGAAAAGGAGGUUCCAAGCUGCUAAAUAUGACAGACAGGGACUUCAACAGUAUUGUGGAGCCUCUUUUAUUAAAGAUGAGAGAUUGUCAAAAAGAACCUGGAAAUCUGAAGGAGUGCUCAACUUGGAUGAGUGACUUCAAACCAGAAUUCUUGAGGACUGAGCUGGAAGUUCCUGGUCAAUAUGACGGUAAAGGAAAACCAUUGCCAGAAUAUCAUGCACAAAUUUCUGGAUUUGAUGAGAGGAUAAAAGUUAUGGAGUCCAUCCGGAAACCAAAGCGUAUAAUUAUCAGAGGUAGCGAUGAGCGGGAAUAUCCCUUUCUUGUGAAGGGAGGAGAGGAUCUCCGGCAAGACCAGCGCAUUGAGCAGCUCUUUGAUGUUAUGAACACCAUCCUUUCAAGAGAUGCUGCCUGCAGCCAAAGAAACAUGAAAUUAAAAACUUACCAAGUUAUACCAAUGACUACCAGACUAGGGCUGAUUGAGUGGCUUGAGAAUACCUGCACUUUAAAGGAGUUCCUUCUGAAGAACAUGUCUGAACAGGAAAAAAACGAUUAUAACAGCUACAAGGGUCCUCGUGCUGAUUAUACUGACUGGCUGUCCAAGAUGGCAGAGAAGAAUACAAGCCCUGUUGCACGCUACACAUACAUGUACAAGAGAGCUGAUCGUAAAGAAACAGUGAUGUCUUUCCAUCGCCGAGAGAACCGUGUUCCUGAAGACCUGUUAAGGAGGGCCUUUGUUAAGAUGAGUACAACACCGGAGGCCUUGCUAUCUCUGCGAUCCCAUUUCGCCAGCUCCCAUGCGUUGAUGUGCAUCAGCCACUGGAUUCUUGGUAUUGGAGACAGACACUUAUCUAACUUCAUGAUCAGCAUGGAGACAGGUGGCAUGGUGGGAAUAGACUUUGGACAUGCGUUCGGUUCUGCCACACAGUUUCUGCCAGUGCCAGAGUUGAUGCCUUUCCGUUUGACUCGCCAGUUCAUUAAUUUGAUGUUGCCCAUGAAGGAAUCGGGUCUUCUUUACAAUGUGAUGGUGCAUUCCUUAAGAGCCUACCGUGCAGAUCAAGAUUUUCUCAUUAAUACUAUGGAUGUGUUUGUGAAGGAGCCUUCCUUAGAUUGGAAAAAUUUUGAAUUGAAGCAGUUGAAAAAAGGAGGCACAUGGACUAAGGAAAUAAAUACAGAGGAGAUUAAUUGGUACCCCAUUCAAAAAGUAAAUUUUGCAAGAAGAAAAUUAGCAGGUGCUAAUCCAGCAGUGAUUACCAGUGAUGAAUUACGGCUGGGCCAUGAGAAAUCAGCUGCCUACAGGGAUUAUGUUUCUGUGGCACGAGGAAGUAAAGAAUAUAACAUACGAGCCAGAGAACCAGAGGAUGGACUUUCAGAAGAAACACAGGUGAAGUGCCUUAUAGACCAAGCCAGAGAUCCAAAUGUCCUUGGCAGAGUUUGGGAAGGAUGGGAGCCCUGGAUGUGAAAAACUGAAUCCUCAUCAGCGCCUGUCUGCUAAGAUUACCAGAAUAUUUCAGUUUAUCUUGGAAGUGAAGACUGAUCUAACUGUGUACUAGUAACAAAGAAGAUGGUAUUUAAUGCACAUGAGUCGAAGUUGUGAUGUAGCAGAAGAAUUUCAAUGAUAUAUGCUGACAAUUUGUUAAUGUCACAUUGUUUGAGGUAUUAAAUUAGGGAAACUUAAAUCGUUAUGUUUACAGCUCAGUAAUUACACAUUUAAUUGCUGUUGCUAAUGAAGGAAAAGGGGGGAAAAAACACUGCCUCCCCAAAACUUAGGAAAAGCCAAAAGAAAAAUUAAAGUUGUGACUUUGCUAUAGACAGAAGAGGAAUCACAAUCUUAUGUUCUCUAGUGAUUUGCUAUUGAUGUAAGUAGGCGACUUGCACAAUUAUUUGUGUUAAUUAGUGCAACUUUGUCUGCACCAGAUGUGUGGUUCUAUAACAGCUAACCUUAAGCUGACAUUUGAAUAUGUGAUACCCCAAAUAAGCAGCAGUAGUCAUGCCAGUAGUCCUUAGGCAAUAAAGAACUAUCAACAAAUUCGGUAUCUCAUGAAGAUGUUUUCCUUCUGUUGCCAACUUGGCUGUAAUUCUGAUAAUGAAACAGGCAAAGUUACAACUUCUAUUGCUCCCAAACUUGGAGAGGGGCAAACUCUGCUUUUGGAAGAUUAGGGAAUAUUUGAUACUGAGGCAUGUUGGUAAAAUGUUACUAAACUAAGUCUUCUGUUUACUCUCUCAUGACUUCUGUGCAUUGUGAAGCACAGCAAAAAAACAUUUCCCUCUUAAAAGAUAUACAUUUACUUGGUUUUGCACUGAGGUUUUCUUCAAUAGUUCAUUAGCAAAGGAAAAGCAAGGUGAAAACCUUGGAACAAAUAUUCUGUGAUUAGUGCAAUAUUUUGAAUGAAUGGGCAUUAUUUGACAAACCUAUUUAAAUUACCUUCAUUUCAGAAAAUGUUACGAUGCAGCUAAUACUUCUGUAGCUUCAUUUUGUAUUUUAAAAACAUAAGAAUGCAAAAGCAGUUUAGAAUACAUUAAUUAGAUAUGUCCUAAAGCCACUUUU